UUAAGACAACAGUGAUAAACAACAAUUUCCCGCUGGAUUAGUUUGGCCAACUCUUGGAUAAAUAAGAUUCUAUGGAUGUCACUUCGACAGAAGCGCCCGGCAAAGCAAAGUCAUAAGCUUCCUCUUCUCUCUCUUUCUUUAGGCGCUGCUUCAAGAACACGUUUUGUGACUUCCGGAGUGCUGUGAGGCUAGAAUUCUGAGCCAAAGCCAAAACGAUCCCAGAAAACAGAGGAAAAAAGAAGGAGACUAAUCAGUUGAGACAAUCAAAUAUGACAAAUCCACUCAAAGGCCAAUAUCACUCUCAUUCUCUCACCAAGAAUUUCUUACCGUAUGCUUUUUAUGCUCUCCUCCCCAUAGCGCUCUUUCGCAUGUACUUUCACCCUUUUUCUUUCCCCCAGUCUACCCCAGAUCAGCUUCCUCACAACAACAGCUACAUCCUCACCAGUUCUUCUUCUUCCAAAGAAGAGGAAAUAGCUAAUGAAACUCGAUGUGACUACACCAAUGGCAAAUGGGUACAUGACAAGAUGGGGCCUUUGUACAAUGGCACAACCUGUGGUACAAUCAAGGACAGUCAAAAUUGCAUCUCACAUGGGAGACCUGACUUGGGUUACCUUUAUUGGAGAUGGCAACCAAGCCAAUGCAAGCUCCCAAGGUUUGAUCCCAACACUUUCUUCCACCUCCUUAGUAACAAGCAUAUAGCUUUUGUUGGUGAUUCCAUGGCUAGGAACCAAUUGGAAUCACUUCUUUGCAUCCUAGCCACUGCCUCCAAUCCUAACCUGGUUUAUAGAGAUGGUGAGGAUAACAAGUUUCGUAGAUGGCAUUUUACUUCCCAUAACAUUACUGUAUCGGUUUUUUGGUCACCAUUUCUGGUUAGAGGUGUUGAGAAAUCAAAAACUGGUCCAGAUCAAAAUGAAUUGUAUGUGGAUACUGUUGAUGAGAGGUGGGGAGCCGACGUGGACCAUAUAGAUACGAUUGUACUCUCAAUAGGGCAUUGGUUUCUUCAUCCAGCAGUUUAUUAUGAGGGUGGUUCGGUAUUAGGUUGCCAUUACUGCCCUGGACUAAAUCACACUGAGAUAGGAUUUUAUGAUGCGAUGAGGAAGGCCAUAAAGACUGCCCUUAAGACAAUAAUUGAAAGGAAAGGGGCUAAUGGUUAUGGAAUUGAUGUGUUUCUGACCACAUUUUCACCUUCACAUUUUGAAGGCGAAUGGGAUAAAGCUGGUGCUUGUCCCAAGACGAAACCUUACAAGGAGGAAGAAAAGAUACUUGAAGGCAUGGAUGCAGAUAUGAGAGCAAUUGAGGUUGAAGAAAUGGAAGCCGCGAAGGUAAAUGCUAAGCAGUUUGACGGGUUGAAGCUAGAGAUAUUGGAUGUGACCAAAUUAUCAUUAAUGAGGCCGGAUGGUCACCCAGGACCUUACAUGUAUCCAUUUCCAUUUGCUAAUGGGGUUCAUGAGCGCGUACAGAACGAUUGUGUACAUUGGUGUUUGCCGGGUCCUAUAGAUACUUGGAAUCAGAUAUUGUUAGAAGUUAUCAGGAGAUGGAAUAUUCAAUCAACGAGAGAAGAAUCAAAAGAACACCCAAUGCUAGCUAGGUUUUGAUUUGAUUUGCUAUUCUGCUUUAUUUUGUUGGUUUAUAUUUCUUUCUGAAAACAAACAGACAAAUGAAGAAAUUUUGUCUAGGGGUGACAAAGAUAGCGAUUCUUUUGGAACAUAUGUUGAUUUUGUAUCCAAUCUGUACAAAUGAUAUCAAUGUGAAAUGAGUAGAGGAAUUUGAAAGAUCAUUGGUAGAUUUUAUUUGUUUCAUACAUCCCCAGGAAUUUACUCCUUCAGUUUUGUCUAUUCUGGAAUUUGCCGCCUUGAAUCUUGCCCAUUUUGGGCAAAGUUUUAGCGGUCAGAGUUAUUUACAGUUGAAAAUUUUAAUUACAUGACAGAUAUUUACGGUGGAGAA